UUCCAACAUGGAGACGAUUUUGGAACAGCAGCGGCGCUACCAAGAGGAGAAGGAAAGGCUCAUGGAUGUGAUGUCCAAAGAGAUGAUGUCUAAAAAACCCACGUUACGGGAACAAAUAAAUUCAGAUCACAGAGCCAGAGCUAUGUUAGAUCAAUACAUGGAAGUGAGUUCAAAUCUAAGGGAUCUAUAUGAAGAUAAAGAUGGAUUACGCAAGGAAGAACUCACUGCAAUUUCUGGGCCAAAUGAGUUUGGCGAAUUCUACAACAGACUCAAGUUAAUUAAAGAAUUUCACCGAAAACAUCCAAAUGAGAUUUGUGUUCCCAUGUCUGUGGAGUUUGAUGAACUUUUGAAGACAAGGGAAAACCCAAGUGAAGAAGCACAAAAUUUGGUGGAAUUUACAGAUGAAGAGGGCUAUGGCAGAUAUAUGGAUCUCCAUGACUGCUACCUGAAAUAUAUUAACCUCAAAUCUUCAGAGAAAUUAGAUUAUAUCACAUACCUUGCAACCUUUGACCAGCUUUUUGACAUUCCAAAAGAGAGGAAAAAUGCAGAAUACAAAAGGUAUUUGGAAGUACUUCUUGAAUAUCUUCAAGACUAUACAGAUCGGGUGAAGCCUUUACAGGAUCAGAAUGAGCUCUUUGGGAAAAUACAGAUUGAGUUUGAGAAGAAGUGGGAGGCUGGUGCAUUUCCUGGCUGGCCGAAAGAGACAAGCAGCGCACUCACUCAUGCUGGCGCUCACCUGGACCUGUCAGCCUUCUCUUCUUGGGAGGAGUUGGCCUCUCUUGGUCUUGACAGAUUAAAAUCUGCACUGAUGGCUUUAGGCCUUAAAUGUGGAGGGACAUUGGAAGAAAGAGCACAAAGACUUUUCAGCACAAAAGGCAAAUCUUUGGAGUCUCUGGAUCCAUCUUUGUUUGCAAAAAAUCCUAAAGCGAAAGGAACUCGCAGAGACACAGAGAAAAACAAAGACAUUGCAUUCCUUGAAGCUCAGGUGUAUGAAUAUGUUGAAAUUCUAGGGGAACAGAGACAUCUGACCCAUGAGAAUGUACAGCGUAAACAAGCCCGUACAGGUGAGGAGAGGGAAGAAGAAGAAGAAGAACAGAUCAGUGAGAGUGAGAGUGAUGAUGAGGAUAAUGAGAUUAUUUACAACCCUAAAAACCUUCCUCUUGGAUGGGAUGGCAAGCCUAUACCUUAUUGGUUAUACAAGCUACAUGGCCUGAAUAUCAACUACAACUGUGAGAUUUGCGGAAACUUCACCUACAGAGGGCCCAAAGCUUUCCAGAGGCAUUUUGCGGAAUGGCGUCAUGCUCAUGGCAUGAGAUGUCUUGGCAUUCCAAACACUGCACACUUUGCUAAUGUAACACAGAUUGAGGAUGCUGUGUCCUUGUGGUCAAAGCUGAAGCAUCAGAAGGCCUCUGAAAGAUGGCAGCCUGAUACAGAGGAGGAAUACGAAGAUUCCAGUGGGAAUGUUGUAAAUAAGAAGACCUACGAAGAUUUAAAGCGUCAAGGACUUCUGUAACCAUGGACAUUUUGUUUCUAACUGCCCUGUUAUGGUUCUGGAUUUUCAUGUUUGUUAAUGUGACAUUUCUAUUUGCAAAGCUGUUGAACGUUUCAUCUUUUACAAAAUGCAAAUUUUUUUUUUUUAAUUAAAAAUGUGCAAAAUUUUCAAUGCA